GCCCACCAGUUCCUUCCUCACAAGGGCGCCGGGCAGCUCCCGAGCCCACAGAGAUGCCGCGGGAUGCGGGCGGCGGGCGAGGGGCAGAGCCCGAGCCCGGCAUUACGCAGGGCGCCUCUCCCGCAGCGGGACCUGGCCACGCCGUUCCCUCCAGGAAGCGCGAUUUCCCCUCAAAAUCGCCCCCGGCCGGCCCCCGGCCACGCCUCGCCAGCCCGGCCCCCGGCUGGGCCUCAGGCCGCCGCCGCCCGCCCUCCUCCCCGGUCGCUCCCGGGGCCGCCGGUGACGGCGACGGCGCGGCGGGAGCACUCACAUCCGUCCGCGUCCUCCUGCAGAUCCUCCUGGAGCAGCGAGAGGUCUGCGCCGAGGGGAGAGAAGAAAGGCCGGGUGGUAGGUGAUCAGCACCAGCUUCCAAGUGCAGAGCGGGGCCCCGGCCCGGUGUUCCGACCCCGGCUCACGCCGUCCUGUCUGGGUGACUCCCCUUCACCUCCAGCCGCACCCGAGGCCUCCGCAGGGGUGAUCUGCUGAGGUGGAGAACACACCAGGGCUCGUCGGGGCGUGCCGCCCUGGCGGUCUGGUCUCUUGGCUGGGAGAGGGAAUUCGAAAUUGGUAAUUAGCUUGUCCUUUCUGGUUGUAGUCAUAACCAAGGACACUAUACUGGCGUGUAAUGCCUUUGAAGAAUAGUCUAAGAAACUGGAUCCUCUAAAAUUCAUAAUUUUGUGUAAUAAUAUAGGUUCUACAUAGCCGUUCCAAAAACUGCCCUCUCAGAUAUCAUGAGAUGGAACGCGUAUUGUAUGAUGUGUACAUAUUACAUUUCUUAGAGUAAUAAUAAUUGGAAUGGAAUCUAUAACGCCGGGGGGUGUCUAAUUUUCUCAAAUAUUGAAUAACUAAAACUAUGGGUCAAACUGUCAUGUGGUAUUUCCCUCCUUCCCUUAGCAGAAUGCCCUUAGGUGAAUUCAGCUGACGCUAGCUCUAGACAUACACGGAAUCAGAAAUUCGCAAACUGUGAACAGAAACCAGUCCCAACUGACUCACUCCCCACAGUUUUGCUUGUCUGAGAUACUCGUCUUGUUGAUGCCUACCCUUCAGCAAUUGUGGGAGGAAGGAAGAGUGAAGAGGAUUUGCCUCUUGACACUAAAUGAUGAUCUUGCAACAACGCAAAAGCUACAGCGUGCCAACCAUGCCUCAGCCACUGGACAUAGAAAGACAAAGAAAGCUAUCUGGUUGAUUUACCCAGUAAGUCAGACUUAGAAUUCUCAGUGCUCGUGAUAAAGUAGAGCUUAUGUACCAAAUGCUAGCCUGGGAUGUGGAAUGGCUCACUCUGCCUUUGGUAGCUAGGCCUCAGUGGGUUUUAUCUCCCUCUUCUCUGGGAAGGCAGCAAAGGAGGAGGGUCUGUGUAGUUUUGUCCGUAUAGUUCAAGAGCUGUGCCUUUGGUUAUCUUACCUGCAUUACACGUUACAGCAGGUCCCUCUAGGCAGUACGGUGUUUAGACAUUUCAGUGAGGAUAUCUUGCUUUAUUCAUGGUUCAGCUCGAGUACCUGUUUUUUGACAUUUGAUUUUCUCUCUCUCCUUUCUCAAAGAUAUGGUAAAUGGUUUUUAAACCAGUAUUGACUCUAUAAAAUGAACUCUGUUCCCUCCUUAUAAAAAAUGAUAUUUCAACAAAGAAUAGCAAUCAUUAUCCUA